UAGUUUGUCUCGCUCCUGAUGUGUGUGUGUGUGUGUGUGUGUGUCUCAGGUGUGUUACCGUAUCCUCAUGCAGCUGUGUGGUCAGUACGGUCAGCCGGUUCUCGCGGUCAGAGUUCUGCUGGAGAUGAAGCGGGCGGGAAUAACGCCCAACACCAUCACAUACGGAUACUACAAUAAAGCGGUGCUAGAGAGCAAAUGGCCAUCCACCAAUCAGGGAGGGCGUCUUCGCUGGGCGAAGCUUCGUAACGUGGUAUUGGCCGUGGCUCACUUCAGGCAGCCAAUCAAACAGCAGCAGAGGAGUGCAUCAUUCAGCACCCCCGCAGGAGACGUGCUGUCCAAGCCCCGCCCCCACUCUGCUCUGAUUCGUCAGUCCAGCUGGAGCGGGUUGAGUGACAGCUCGAGCCACGAAUCGCUGACGAGUCUGGCCAAGAGUAACAGUCUGAGCAGCGUUCAGGCGUCAGGAGGCAAGGUGAAGCUGUCAAAGCAAGCAGCUGCGCAGACGGCCGCAGCCGGUGCAGACGCAGCCUCACGCAAGCCUCCCGCCGGCCGCCGCAACACGCUGAGUCCUCCGGCGCCUGUGCUUGUGCGCCGCAGCGACGUCUGCCUGUCCACCUUCUACAGAGACUGCGCAGAGAACGCAGACGCAGACUGCAGGUGUCAGCCGGAGAGGGACAGCAGGUACACACACAGACAAAACAAGCAUAAAUGAGAAAUCAAGAUUUUUUUU